CAUGCCUCCUUAACCAAUGAGGCUCCGGGGCUGACUAUUGUGAAACCAAUGAGGGCGCGGCUGACCAAGUGAAUGCAAUGAGGGUGUCGGGAUACUGGAUAAAAAGAUUGCCGUAGCGGCUUGAGCAAAGUUUGGAGAGACAGAGGGGGGGACCCAAUUGUGUUGUGUAUCCGCGAAAGAGUAUGACCGAAGUCGAAGCACAGAGCGCCCCACCGUCGGUACCUGUGGAAGACGAGCCACAGCCCGAGAGAAAAGUCAUAGCCACUCUGGUCCAAGGCACAGUGAAAUGGUUCAAUGUGCGAAAUGGAUACGGCUUCAUCAACAGAAAUGAUACGAAAGAGGAUGUUUUUGUCCAUCAGACUGCCAUUAAAAAGAACAACCCCAGGAAAUUCCUUAGAAGUGUUGGAGAUGGGGAAGUUGUUGAGUUUGAUGUUGUCGAAGCAGCCAAGGGUUCAGAAGCGGCCAAUGUGACUGGGCCGGGCGGUGUUCCUGUCAAAGGCAGCCGCUACGCCCCCAACAAGCGCCGCUUCCGCCGGCGUUUCUUCCCGCGCAGCCCCCGACCCGACGAGCAGGGCAAGGCUGGGGAAGGCCCCGAGGGCCUGGGCUCUGAGGGCGAGGGAGCAGCUGACAACGACGGUCCGCAGCCUGCCCCACGACGACGCAGGCCGCGCAGGCCAAGACAGGAGGGUCAAGAGGGGGAAGGAGGUGACCAGAAGAAUGGAGUAGUUGCAGAUGGUGACCAGCAGAGGCUGCCACCUCGUAGAUUCAGACCCCAGUACCGCAGACCUGUGCGCGCUCGGCCACCUCCGGGAGAGGGCCAGUCUGAGGGCCAGGCUGUUCCAGUUGAGGGUCAGGCUGUUCCAGCUGAGAGCCAGUCCGUGUGCCAGGCUGUUCCAGCUGAGGGCCAGUCCAUGUGCCAGGCUGUUCCAGCUGAGGGCCAGUCUGAGGGCCAGGCUGUUCCAGCUGAGGGCCAGUCUGAGGGCCAGGCUGUUCCAGCUGAGGGCCAGGUGGAGACCCAGGGGGAGGCUAGGAAGGAGGGCCAGGACGACCAGCAGACCAACGGGGAGCUGGACGGGCAGAAGCCUCGUCGACAGUUCAGCCGGCGCCGACAAAGAAACUCUGAGUCUUCAGCCUCAAAGAAUGGAACAGAGAAAUCUGCCUCAGAGCCCAGCACCCCCCCUCAGUCCUCAAAGCCAGCCGACCUCAAGUCCUCCCCAGUGUCCUCCCCCAAGUCCUCCCCCAAAUCCUCUCCAAAGGACUCCCCCAAAACAUCCCAGAAGUCACCUAAGACAUCUACCACGACAGUUCCGGCACCAGCAGAGUAACGGCUGAGAGAGGACCGCUUUACAUGACCCCUGGCAAGAGGUGGGACACCUGCCCCCCCCCCCCCCCCCCCAUGCACACGCACACACAUGAAAACUAGUUUAACCUUUCGGGGGGAGUGGUGGACUGCGUGGGUGUAGGAUUUUGACCUCUUGCUCUGCAUCUGCAUCUGCAUGAUGGAAACAUUGGUUCUAUAGCCUGUGAUGCAAUGUGUGUGACCUUUUUCUUUUUCCUUUUUUGUUUUAACCCCGAGCAUGGUCUUUUAGGUAGAAAAACUGAGAUGGUGACCUUUUGUCCCAGACGGCAUGAGGGUCUUCAGAUGUAGCCCUUUUUAAGUUUAGUUAUAAUGUCUGGACAUUCUGGAAUAGGCCUGAAUAUUGCAGGGGUAUUUUGGUUGGAAAGCAAAACAUUGUUCAACCCAUAGUUUGUUUUUUUGGGUUUGGGAGGGGUGGAGACAUUUGACAAAUGCUCAUGUUUUCAUGUUGGUUUUCUAAUGUGUCGUGUUGUCACUCCCCACUAUCUUCCUCCAUUGUCUGUCGGCUCUAUUCGUCCUCUUGUCUGUAGGUCGUAGGGGUUGGUAAACUCGGUUACCAGGCCUAUCAACACACCCACUGCUCUGAUUUCCCCCCCCCCAACACACUCACAUACUCCACUCUCCCCUCCCUGCAAUUCACCUCUUCUUGACUCCUGCCCCCCCCCCCCCCCCCCCCCCACAGUCUUGUCUUGUCUAGGCACUGCAUAUUGGAAGGGGAAUGCUAGGGUAGUGAAGGGUUUUGUGCAUGCAUAUUUAGAAAUUCUAAGUGCACCUUAAAAUAAAAAUAAUCUUUAGAAAAUUAUUGAAAUAUGCUUCGAUACCCCGUUAUACCACAUGACCCCCAGCUAGUUUUCUUUGACUGAGAAGGGCAGGAGAAAUUGCAACGAGGAACCAGCCUCGAUUUUUACGUUUGACGAGGGGGAAGCGAAGCAGGUGUGAGGGCAGUAGUGCAUACUCGGAGAUUAUCGAGAUCCGUAUCACCUCAAAUCGAAAACAUGCUGCCCAUUAUUUAAUGAUCAAAGCCAGGAGCUGGGUAUAAAGUAAUUUCCUUUUUGUUUUAUUUUUAUAUGCAUUUAUUUUGAGGGGAUCAUGUGCAAUGUCAGUUCAGUAUGUCAAUAAAAAAAUAUUUGCAAAAAAUGCUGCCACUCUUCUU